UUGUACUACUCACAGUCUGCUGAGAUAGGGACAUAUUAGAGAGUGUCUUGUAUCCAAGGGUUUUGUUGUUUCCAAUCAUCAUCUCAGUUCUUUACUCACUGUAAGAUGAAGGUUAUCCUGCUUCUUGCGUUGGCUGGACUGUUGAUCAUUGCCACAAGUGGCAUGCCAGCCUUGGGGAAAGGCUACAACAGCCACUGUCUCUGCUUUGAGUUCGAGUCUCGGGUCAUCCCGCAGGAGAAGCUGCGCAGUGUUGAAAUCCUUCCCCGAGGCCCUCACUGCAGCAGCACCGAGAUCAUUGCGCGCUUGGUGACGGGUGAGAAGAUCUGUCUCAACCAUAGUGCAACGUGGGUACGGAGGCUCGUCCGCUACGUGAUAGAAAAGGAGGCCCUGCAGCGGGGUUGAGUGCGGGACAAAAACACCUGUUUCCUUUUCUCCUGGAUCUACUGUAUACCACGUCGCCGUUUAACUUCACCUCAGUCAAGCUGGAUUGCUCUUGAAGACAGGGCAUCUUACAAAGUAUAAUAUGUAGGCUAUGGCAAGCACUAAGCACAGAUGGCUCUUUAAGCGUAGUUACCAGUUCAGUGUCAUCUUGGUUGCAAUCCAUGUUGUCUUGAGUCGAUCUUUUAUUGUGGUUCCAUCUUUUUGUGGACAAUAUUUGUUACGUUUUGCUUUACUUUUAUUUAUUAUUAUUAUGUUUUUUCCCCUAUGUAAGCAGGAUGCUGUAACACUCCAAUCAGUUUUGCAAGGGCUUUCUCUUAGAAAAGUGUUUUGCUCAAGGACAAUAAAAAUCAGACUUUA